UUGAAUACCGCAUUGUAACGCAGGCUCUGCUUCGUCGCGGGCUUGCGAUGAGAGUGAUAGAAAAAAGAGCGAGAAGGACUCUCUCAUUUCUUCGCAACAUGUCCUCAAUUGAUCAGAUAUACUACUCCGAGAAGUACUUCGACUCCCAGUAUGAGUACAGGCAUGUCAUGGUACCAAAAGACAUCGCAAAGCUUGUACCGAGAAAAAAGUUGAUGACGGAAAGCGAAUGGCGGCAAAUCGGUAUCCAGCAAUCUCAGGGUUGGCAACACUAUAUGCACCACCAUCCAGAGCCACACAUCAUCCUGUUCCGACGCCAAAGAACAGACAACCCACAAAACAGAGAGUCCUAAAAGAUGCUGGGAAAUUGUCCAGAAAUAAGGCAGUGCUUUGAUAUUUCACUGGCUAGGCUAAUGUUUGCGGACUAUCAAUUAUUAGUACAAUAUAAUUUUAAUGAAUUUAUUGUGUAGCAAGGCUGUUUACGCAACACAAAUCCUAAUAAGUUCGUUAUGCGUUCAAAUUUGCAGACGAAAACAUCCCAAUAUGCUUAUAAAAUAGUAAAAAAAUGUAUUUAUUGUAUGGUACAUUUACAUUUGACAUUGUGAGAAUCAACACAAAUAAAGAAUAUGCUACCCGA